CAAUCUCCUUCUCCUUCAUCCCAGUCCGACCUGAAUCCCUCGGGCGCUCUCUCCCAUCGGAAACAACUGGCAUCGUCCCUGUCAUGAGCUCAAUCUCCAUCUGAGACCACGGCAUUCCAGACCCAGGAGAAUUACGAAGCUCUAAAUGCAGGCUAUGCAAGGGAUUCCUUCACCAUUAUGCCAUUGAGAACUCAACCGAUGGUCCCUCCAACCAGCUCAGAUGCCAUCCGGAUGUCAGUGACAUAUCCCGAGCUUGUCUCAAGCCACAGCCGCUCUAUCGGGCCUCCUUGCAAUGUCAACUGCAUCGAAUACGAGGGUCCAGCCUUGCCUGAACUCGAGUCCCUGAUUCAGAUGAGCCGUCCACAUCUGGAGCCUGAUGGCGCUCGCUGAGCGGGUCUCGCAAUGCGAAAAGUCUUCCUCGCGAAGCAAUAUGGGCCAGUAUGUUACACAUGUCCAGAUUGGACCGAAAGAAUCAUGCUCUAGACGUCUAUUUUUGCUCAAAUCCUUUUUUGAACCCCCUUGUCCGGUCUCGAUUUGUCUGAGAUUGUUUACAAUUGCUUGGGCAUGGGUGGUGAGCAUGAAUGUGCUGACCCCUUUCUUGUCUUGUACUGUUGUCGUUUUCGAAAAGAAUUAAAAGGGCUCGAUUUCCCCUACAAUUCAGUGUUGUAUCUCUCCUCAACCCUUGAACACAGACAUCUUCGGGAUUCAGUCAAGCACUCAACCAACCUACCCAUUACAUCGUUGGCUUAAAGCGAUUUUCGAAAUACAUUCCGCCAUGAGGUCUCUUCUUUUCGCUCUCGGUGCCUGUGCGCCUUUUGUGGCUGCCAACCCGUUCGGUUCUGGCUCAUUCUUCGAGCGCGGUGUUUGUGCUGCUGAUAACUGCGCAAGGGCUGUCACGGGCACAGCUGCUCAGCCACCUCUUGCGACCCGGCAGGCAGAUUGCUCAGCUUUCUUCAGUCCAGUACCUUCUCCGACAGUCCCAGCCUACGCUUCGGCCUGCAGCGGAGCUACUCGCUAUAGCAGCGCCUGCUCUUGCCUCGGGGUCACGGCGCCGACGUAUACUUGCGUCAGCCCAGCACAAGCCACCAACAUCGUCAACACCUUUGCCUCAUUCUUGACGAAUCCGCAAGCUCCAGACUUUGCGACGAAGGCGAACGCACUGUUGGCGGAUAACUUCACCGACACCAGCGACUCCAUCAACUUCCUGGCUGGCUAUCCACUUGGUGGCGUGACAUUCCCAAGCAAGGCCGCUUUCAUCGGUGGACAAGGAGCACAGCCACCGAUUCCGACCCUGACGACGCUCGAUAUCUUCUUUUCCUGCAACAAGAUUGCCUGGCGAUGGCUCGCUCAGGGCAUCGGCUCCAACAAAUAUGAGGUCAAGGGCAUCGACACUUUUACAAUUACACCGUGGGGCCAGAUUAGUCAAGUUUUUGCGGAAUUCAACAGUGGAGCUUGGGCUGCAGAUCUCGCCAGUGCCUCGUCAUCGUCAGGCUCAUCAAGCACGCCGACGACGACUACGACGAGCACAACACCCACUACGACAGUGGCCUGAAUGGAGGUCUUCUGUGGAUGGCCCUCUCACCGAGGGUAUGGAGCUUGAUUUGAUCUAGUUCUUGAUAGAGAUGGUUGUAUUUCGCUUCUUUUCUGUGAGAAGGCAUCAUAGAGCAGUAAUGCCCUAGACAUUUGUCUGAAUCUUCAGCUCUGAUACCUAUUAUCCGAUUUGCACUUGAC